AUGAUAGGGUUUUAUAAAGAGGGUAAAGGUAGGAAGUUAAAAAAGAGAAAGGGACGUGAUGAUUGGUCGGCUAAGACAAAUGGCGCCGACUAUCGAUUCCUUUGGAAAGGUUGGUGCAUCAUGUGCCACGUAUCAGCGUCCAGGCUGAUGAAUGCUAAAUUGCGCCGCCGAGGUGGGGUUGUUGAAAUAGAAAAAUGGUGUAAUUUUGGGGUCUGUGUGCGUAUUGGUAUUUAUGGUCGUAUGGGCGGUGAUAAAGAAGACUAG